AUGGCCCCCGAAAUGAAGGAAGUGUCCUAUGACGAAAUUAUGUACUUGAUUCAUCAUAUCUUCCUUCCGCCCAAACUCCCCCAGGAAGAUGACUACAAUUCGAAUCACGAAAACGUACUGCUAGGCACUGUAUUCCAGGCUCUUAACGAUUUCAGGGACCGUGUCGCACACGACCAGCAUGGAAUCGUUGACUCGGUCAUUGCUAUGAUCUCAAACCUGAAGAUUGUGCGUGAGGGUUCGAGUUCGGAUGGUUCCGUCAGCGAAGAGAGGCUUCAGAAUGCCCUCAAAAAUAUUUGUAGCAACGGUGGGAUGGUUCCGCUUCACAUCCGGGCUCAGAAUGCAGGCAUCUUCAUCAGCAAGGUUGACAACUCUGUUACCUUCGAGUUAUUUGAACUAUCUCCGCUCAACGAAUCCGUCAUCACAACAAAAGGAAGGCUUAGACGGUCUUUCCCAGGACCGGUGUUCUCUUUGAGCAUUGAUAAAUUUCAGGCGCCCGGAUUUCAAGCUACGGUCUCUCGUACCCUUGCUAAGAUGAGCUUCCAGCCUGCUCCGGAAACAAUGCCGAAGGUGAAGAAGGCCAGACAAAUGCAUGAUGAGAUUCGUGACACUGUGCACCCAAAGAUAGUAACUGAACUUUUUACGGGAAUUCUGAGGUCUGUUGGCCAGCCUGUGGACGUGUCUCGUCUUUGGAAAAAUACUCGGGAAGAAGUAUUAUGGCGCGAUGCUCUACUACCGUGGCGCAGAUCUCCACUAUGGCUGUUCGUCCGUGUUGCAAUGCAACUUGUCUUUUCUAGAGAAACAAGGGUUGUCUCGGGACCGCUAGUGAAUCUCUACAAAGAGUUUAUGAUGUUUCUCAUGAGUUGUGUUCUGAAAUCAUCGCUCAGACAUUCACUACACAGCGAUCUUCUAUAUAUACAGGUCGCCAAAAUCUCUCGUCGAUUACUUAAAAUCGACUCGCCCAUUCAGGAAUCCAUACAUCAUUUCGUUACAAAAGCGAUGCAGGAAGCCAGAAACCGGAUCCAAAAUAGAUGGUCGAGCCUCGUUAAAACUAGUGGUCCCCACUACGACUUAUCCCGCCUUGGAUGUCUGGAUUUCAACCAAGAUACAUUUCAUUCUCUCCCGGCAUUGGAUGAAUAUAUCAACUUGCUGUCCGAACGAGAAAACACCAAGAACUUUGGCACAUUUCAUCCAACUUCCAUCCUCACAAAAUAUAGUGCCGACGAGCUUCCUAAUUGUCCGAACACCCUGCCCGAGGAAUAUUCGUCGUUUAACUUGACUGUUAUAGAGGACUGGGUGGUCUCUAAUUUACCUGAGUGGCUACAACGCCACAAAUCGAACACUAGCACCUGUGGCAGGCUAGGUGACUUGAUUCAAAAAUACCAUGCUAUUGCCUCUCCUGUUUAUUCGAAAAACCCGGAAGCCUCUUCAACGAUGCUACUCAUUAUUCUUGAACUUUGGGUUGCUUGCGACGAAUCUGCUGUGCAUAUAUGCAAUCUUCUUUUGGAUUAUGACCCGGGAAUUCCCCAAGGUAUCCUUCAAUCUUUAGUCUUGCCCUUCAAAGAUGAAAUGGAAAGACUGCUCCUCGUAGAGAACUAUAUCUGUUCUCGUCAAACCCGAGCCAGAUUCUCUGCUCCAAGUAUAUUUAGCGAUUUUGGCCUCGAACGUUCUUUUGCUAUCAGGUACUUCAAUCAAUGCCCUGAGCUCCAAACGACUCUUGAGGAAAUUGAGAGAUGGGCAACACAGGAAAGACAGAUUAAACGCGCAGAACUCCAACGAAAAAAAGAAGAGUACAACGGUCUGAUGCAACUCUACAAUGAAAACGAAUGCGAUUACCAUGAAGUGAUUGUUGAUUACCACAAUGAUUUCCGUCAACAACAGCACAGCCCCGGCUGUAUCAGGUGUAGCUACCAAAAAAGGGCUGACUCCUUAAAAAUUAGUAUCCAUGAGUGGCCAUUGCCCAGAGACGUCUUGCAAGCUCAAUCCACAGUUUUUGAGCUCAAGGUACCAACAUUUUUUGGCCACUGGCGCGACAUUACUAUCUUCCUAGUGUUAGAUGUUUUAAAAACCGAAUAUUCUUUGAAAUCUGAGCCGCGAUCACACCACCCUCUACGCGGAUAUGCGGGACUUUCUUCUUUCUUUACCUCGUUCAGUGCGACACAACGUGUUGGUCUUUUGUCUGAGACCAAACCCCACGUAGUUACACAUCGCCGUAGCAAGAGAAUCUCUAUUGCCACAGAGAGGGAAGUUUGUCUUGAAAACGGCAUGGACUAUAGGUAUUUUGACAAUAUAUCGGGUCUUUUUGUCGCAAAGCUCAGUGUUGGAGAGAAGGUUUCCGAAACGCUUACCUACAUACUUCCUGCGCGAUCGCUAUCUCUUCAAAAAUUUCUUUACCGUCCAUUUACAAUGCCCAACGGGCUACCGCCUAACACUGUCAUAGCCAACCAGUCCGACUGUCCUUUUCACAUAUCGUUGGAUGAAUACAAGGCACUGUGCUCAAUACCACUCGGCUGUCGAAUUCAGUGGCAAAAUAUUCUGUUGCAACUAUCAGCACCCUCUAUUGAUUUCAAAAAAAUAGAGACAGGUCUCGUGAUUCUUCAAUCGAUCUACCAGGCCGGGCCUUCCAACCAUAGCAAUGCCCUUAGAGUGGGUCAUGAGAUCGUUGAUGACGACAUUUUCGCCAACGCUCUUCUAGCAAGUCUUUUUGAUGCCUUACAGAGAGUUAGAGAGAACUGGGAGGCGUCUCAAGCACUGAGCACGUUUGUGUCAUUGGCUAGGCGUUUACUAACAUUAACUUCUGCGCAGCAAGUCAGAGAACAGUGCAUGGUUUAUUUGGCUUCUACCCGAGUUACUGCUGUCGACUGGCUGAGAUCUCUCAAAGACAGCGCAGAUCGGAUAACCGACGACAGCCACAGGGAGGACUUGACCUCAAAAGCCGUGGAGAUUGCUCUUAUUUGUACUGAUUCAUACAGUGUUGACCAGGAAUAUCUCAAUAAUAUAUUUUCCGAACCAAAAGCUCUUUCGGACUUCUUGCAGUGCUCUAUCGUCAUUCAACAAGGUAGCAAUUGCCUUAGACAGGCAUCCGAUCCCGCAAUUCCAUUACUAUACAAGCGCCGACAAUGGCUUUCAUAUCGAUGCUAUCCCAUUCUCACACGGCAAAUUCUAGAAGAUGGAUGGGCCUUAAACGACGCCAUAACGAGAUCCUGGUCUGCUUAUCGGCCAGGAGAGGCCUGGCGAGUAGUUUCGGAAGAGCUUGACUAUUGUCUUGUCAGCAAGACAGCACCCGAAGGGAAUGCCAAUUCACUCCCAAUCCAUUUCAAUCUUUUGACUGGCGAGCUGCUCGUAAAUGGCUAUCCACUAUCCCGUCUACCUGCGGAGUACGAACGACAUCCCACAUACCGUACGCUUUUUGGGAAUUCUGCUUUGGAAGUCAUGCCCACUGCUGUGCAGGGAAUGCAGUUUUCUGGAAAGAAGCAGUUUGCUGACUAUAUAUUGCAUUUUGGCCUCAAGGACCAUAUUCCUGAUACCCCAAGCUCACAAAAAUAUGACGUCUUGGUCCAAGCUGUUAAAGAUGACCGGAAAUUUGAGCUUAUUCCCUCCAGGAUUUUGCGAGGAAUGUUUCCUGAGGAUUUUAUCGAAAAGUUCGUUCAGUGGUACGACAUGACUGGUUGUUGUUUAGAAUUUCGUUCCAUUGAAGAUCCUUGGGCUUCAUCCCUAAAUAACUGGAGACUACUGCGGUUCGGUUCUCGGUGGCGUUUGACAAGAAAUGGAAAGUCUCUGAUUAGCAUUUGUAGCGAUACUACAACCGAGAUUUCCGGUAUGCUUGUCCCUCUUGAGGAUUCUUCCCGUAUACAUAUCAUCUUCGACUAUACUUUAUCUUCGAUAGAGGUUGAGCUUCCCAGGCUACAGUUGGGAUUUUACCUCAAGUCGGGGGAUUCAUCUCUGAAGUCCAGACAGUUUCGCGGAAUGGCUGUCGAUCGAGAUCAGUCACUUGGGACACUAGUUGGCCUUAACAGUAAACUGGUAUUGCAACACGAGGACGGUAGUCGGCAUUUUAUUCUACCCACGGGGGUUGUAAGUUGCGUGAAAAAUAAACGGCAUGUUAACGUCACCAUUGAGAAAGACUUUGCCGCAAAGGCUCAUUUAUACUCCAUAAAUAGUCAAAUUUGUGGGCUAAUUGACAACGGGAGUUUGCAGAGCAAGUUGUUUCUCUGUUAUCUCCAUGCUCUCACCUCCUUUUGCUUGCCGGACCCCUUGAUACAUAGCACCGGGACAGAAAAGGCCCUUUGUAUCCUACGCUCCGCAGCUGUCAGAUCUUUUGAUCAGCUAACCGAGGAGAAUGUCAAAAUCCUGGAGCAGAUUGCACAGUUGACCCCAGGAAGAAGGUACUAUCCGGCAAACGAACGUGUGAUGCAGUCGGUAGAAUGGUCACCAACGCUCGGCUUUAUGGCCCAGCAUGGUGAAUUCCAUAAGUCUGUUACAUCUAUAUUCGAGCAAGCAGAUAGGAUGAGGAUAUUCCUGCCGGACUUUAAGCUGCAGCGAUUUAUUCCGGACAGUGUUGAUUCGCAUCUGUUGGAACGCGACUCCAUCCGGUCGUCUAGUUUUCGCGGUCCUUCCUUUGGUGCCGAAGACCACACCGUCGCGCACGAUGUCAAAUACAAACCUAGAGACCAGGACCAGAAUUCAGAGAAGGGUUGCAGAGCGUUUGUUAUCUCAAACAUCGUAUAUCAUGGACGCACUAGUCUUCAUUAUGCUGGUGCAACUGGAUUGGGAACCCAUCUUUGCAAAUUUCUUUCGAUUGUUGCCGAAAUCUUUGGACCGAACCAUUCGCUUCAAUAUUCCAAGCUGGUGUACGACAGUGAAUUCCUUCUACAGUCGGCCGAAUUUAUCUCUCAACAUUGGUGCGCUAUUCACCAAACGUUCAGCCACGUAUUCACCGCAGCUGACAAAUUCCGCGUGAUGAUCUGGCUCUCCACCCUUGCUUUCGCUAAAGAUGCGGAUAUGAGAAUUAUCCAGGUAUUAGCAUUGUUCUUUACGGUGGCUGAGAUGGGUCGCAUUUCCGCUCCAUGUGUCCAUAGUUUCAAUCUACAAAAAGGUGUUGAGGUGAUUAACGGCUGUUUGAGCGACGCUUUCCGAUCAUCAUUUUUUCCAAUCCAUCGUUGUCCUGAAGCGAAUCUGGUUCGUCGUGUCAAUGAAUCCAAAAGGGCGUUCGUGGAACGCAAAAGAACAGCGUUUCACAAUAACCAAAACUGUAUUCGUAACAGAUUUUAUCAAGCACUAGUGUCUCAGUGGCCGUGUGAAGCUCCUAGUGCCCCGGCUGAUGAUGCUGACCCAGCAUUUCAUCGAUAUCUAAAUAUACCGAAUUUCAUUGAAAAGGCGAAGCCUAAGUUCAAGAUCUGGUUCGACAAUCACCGCUUCAAGGAAUAUAUUUACGAAAUUGAGACUAUAACCUUGCAUCAACUGGUUACCCCAGUAGAUACCGCUUUGGUUCAAUUUGUCAUUCCUACACAGAACAUCUCGAGGAAAUGCGGUUUUAUUAGUGAUGACGAUAUAUUCUCUUGUCCAGCCCCUAUCCUGGCUCGGCAUCAUCUGGAAGAUAUGACCGAGUUACUCUCACCCUCUGCUAAUAUGAAGCAGACAACGUCUCGACUUGGUACACUGAUAACGCAACUUGAUUCUCGAACCAAUUUUAAAUACGAAAGGGAUUUUGUCGAAGACCUGCGAGAGAGCUUACGUUCGUUACAACAGGAUUUCGGGAAGGGUAAUCAUUGCUUGCAGACAGGGGGUAAUAAUCUCAAGGAAAUUCUUUUCCAACACCGUCGCCACUGCCAGGAACAUGUCGAUAAGACCUACAGUGCACUCAUUUCUGCAGCGGCGCCUGAAUACAUGAUAAGGCAUUCACUGUCUUCACAGAAAUGCGCCAAAACAACCGUUAGCAUCGAGCAGCGACCACGGUUAUCUCCAGCUUUCUUCCUUCAGCGUCUCGCCCGCAAUCGGUGGCAGAAGCUCGGAAACGACUGGAAGCGGUCCAUCGUUUACUACGGGGUCACCCUUACUGAACUUCAACGAGCGGAGCGACUUGUGAGCCUAUCCGACAACCACGGCGAUCUUAUCAAAGAGCUGUUAAAUUCUGGCCACACCAAUUGGGAUCCAUUUCAGUAUCCUGAGUCCUUACUUUUGGAAGUGGAGAGCGGCAUAAUGAUUCGAGAGGUGCAAGAACAGAUAGCCGCGCAGAUGAGAGAUCCUACUCCCAAUAAGAACGCUGUUAUGCAGCUGAACAUGGGCGAGGGGAAGUCGUCUGUAAUUGUUCCUAUCGUGGCUGCCGCUCUUGCAAAUGGUUCCCGGUUAGUUCGAGUCAUUGUGGGCAAGCCACAAUCUAAACAAAUGUUCCAGAUGCUCGUUUCCAAGUUGGGCGGAAUGCUGGAUAGGCGUGUUUAUCACAUGCCAUUUUCUCGUGCACUACAGAUUAGAGAACAAGAGGCAGAGACGAUUGAUGAUCUCUAUCGUGAAUGCAUGUCGAAAGGCGGUAUCUUACUUGUUCAGCCAGAACAUAUUUUGUCAUUCGAGCUAAUGGGCCUUGAGUGCCUUAUUUCAGGCAGGAAAUCAGUGGGUCGUGCCGUGAUCAAAACGCAGCGAUUCUUUGACGCGUCAUCUCGCGAUAUCGUGGACGAGAGUGACGAAAACUUUAGUGUAAAAUUCGAGUUGAUUUACACUAUGGGCAUGCAACGACCUGUUGAACACAGUCCCGAUCGUUGGAUACAUAUUCAUAACGUACUGGGCAUUGUUAGGGAGUUCUCUACUAGUGUUGCGAAAGAUUUUCCUCGUUCAAUGGAACUUCACGAGCGCUGGCCGGGUGGUUUUCCCAGAACCCGGAUCCUCAGACAUGAUGCCCAACGGCAUAUGUUUGAUCUUGUUACGCGGCAAAUAUGCAAAACCGGACUCAGCGGCUUCCCUAUUGCCAGACAACCAGAGGAAGUUAGACAAGCUGUCUUCAAAUACAUCACCAAGCCUGAGCUCACUCAAGACGAAAUUGGUAAAGUUGAAAAUCAGGGCUCAGGUGGAUUUUGGACAGAUACAACAAGAAAUACACUCCUCCUGUUACGAGGCCUUAUAGCUGGAGGAGUAUUGCCUUUCGCAUUCGGCCAGAAACGCUGGAGGGUUAAUUACGGGCUUGAUGCGACCAGACAGCCUCGAACAAAGCUUGCGGUACCGUAUCGAGCAAAGGACAGUCCCACACCGCGAUCUGAAUUCAGCCACCCUGACGUCGUGAUUAUUCUAACAUCCCUAAGUUACUAUUACGGCGGACUUGAGGAUGCCGAUUUGUUUGUAUCAUUUGCCCAUCUUUUGAAAUCCGACCAAGCGGACAUUCAAUAUCAGGUGUGGAUGAGGGAUACACCAGGCCUGCCGCUAAAUUUCCGUCAACUCAUGAGCAUUAACCUCAAAAACCGCCUCCAAUGCGUUGAACAAAUAUUUCCAUUUAUUCGGUAUGCCAAGAGUGUCAUAGACUACUUCUUAGGCCACAUCGUCUUCCCAAAGGAGUUGAAGGAAUUUCCGCAAAAACUGUCCGCAUCAGGCUGGGAUAUUGGAAAGAUUAAAACCCACCCAACAACCGGAUUUAGUGGUACAAAUGAUUCGAGGAAGACGCUCCCGCUUAGCGUAGAGCACCUGGAUCUUCCAGAACAAAAGCAUACCAAUGCCUUGGUCCUGGAGUAUCUCCUGCGACCCGAAAAUUCCGUGGCUCUUAUGCAACCACGAGCUGAGGCCUCUAGUACAGAUGCGGAACUCCUACUAGCUAUGGUGGUGAAUAUGGAGCCGAAAGUGCAAGUUAUUCUGGAUGUUGGGGCACAAAUCCUGGAACUUGGUAAUUUAGAGGUUGCAAGGGAGUGGUUAAGGAUUGUGCCGGAUAAGGAGAAAAAGCAGGCUGUGGUGUUCUUUGACGAUUGUGACGAGAUUUCUGUUCUGGAUCGGAGAGGACACAUUGAGCCGUUACAGACGUCUUCAUAUGCCAAGCGACUUGAUUUAUGUCUCCUCUUUCUUGAUGAGGCUCAUACGAGAGGGACGGAUCUGAAACUGCCGAACUACUAUCGAGCUGCCGUCACUUUAGGGGCAAAUUUGACAAAAGACCGACUCGUCCAGGCCUGUAUGAGAAUGAGAAGACUUGGAGAGGGGCAGUCCGUCGUAUUCUGUAUCCCAGAAGAGAUCAAGACCAAAAUGCUGGCACAUAUUAAACCGGCAAAAGGUCCAAUCGACGUGUCAGAUGUCCUCAGUUGGGCCGUAUUAGAAACCUUGCAUUGA